UCCUCGCUCGAGACCGGCAAGAUGGCGGCGGACACGCAGGUUUCAGAGACCCUGAAGAAGUUUGCCCUGAAGGUGACCUCAGCCAGUGUGAAAGAGCGCCGAGACAUCCUGCAGGAGCUGAAGCAGUGCGUUACGGGGAAAGAUCUUCCUGAACCAGCCAUCAAGGGCCUGUGUAAACUCUUCUGCCUCGCUCUGCAUAGAUACAGGGAUGCUGCAUCUCGCAGAGCCCUGCACUCUGUCAUCGGCACGUUGGCUGUUGCCCAACCAGUCGUCACGGCGACCAGCCUCCUCAACUGCUUGCUCAACAGUGGAAUCAUCAGCAAGAGCGGGGUCCCCAGUAAGAGCACAGCACCUGCAGCUGCCAUGGCUCUUUCCUGGACUUGCCUGCUGGUGCGUGCUGUGUUUCCCACCCCGGAGAGUAGAGAAGGGCCCACCUGGAAAAAACUGGUAGAGGUGCAGAGUCUGGUCCUCGCUGAGGUGGUGGGUGGAGCCCAACGGAACACCCUCAAGUCAGCCUUGAAGAGCCUGAGUCAGCUGUGGAAGGAGAACCCAGGUUUAGCUGACCAGUACAUGAGCACCCUGCUCAGCCUGGACCAGAACCCCAGUGCACUGGCGCUGCUGUGUGUGUGCGUGGACUUCUGCACGGCCCAGAAGGAUAUGUCCACUGUUCAGAAGCACAAGGCUGCUCUACUCGACCUGUACCUGAAGACAGUACUGAUGAGCAAAAGCAGGCCACAGCAGCACAUCCUGGAGCGGAGCAGCUCAGUGCUGCGCCAUGUGAGCCACACCGAGUUCCAGGAGCAGCUGUUGCCUGCACUGCAGAAGGCCAUGCUGAGGAGCCCAGAGAACGCCAUAGAGACUAUUUCUUGCCUCCUUGCGUCUGUGACCCUUGACCUCAGUCAGUACGCCCUGGACAUUGGGAAGGGCCUCGCAAGCCAGCUGAAAGCCAACAACCCGCAGCUGAUGGAACAGGCCGUGCAGGCCUUGCAGCACUUGGCUCAGCAGUGCAGCGACCCCACUGCUGUUCAGGACAUAAUCACACACCUCUUCAACAUCCUUGGAGGUUCAGAAGGGAAGCUCACUGUCGUUGCCCAGAAGAUGAGCGUUCUCUCAGGGAUUGGCAGCUGCAGCCACCAUGCUUUGUCGGGGGCCUCCAGCCAGGCCCUGAGCUCCUCUGUAACUGUGCUCUUCAUCCCGUAUUUGCAACAGGAAGUUCAUGAAGGCACUCUUGUGCAUGCGGUGGGGGUAUUAUCGCAAUGGAGUGGGAAGCUCACUGUGGAGGUCCCUCGCCCCCUGCUGGACUGGCUGAAGAAGGCCUUCACCCUGAAGGUGUCCACCUCGCCGGUGCGCCAUGCCUACCUGCAGGCCAUGCUGGGGGCCUUCAAAGGUGACACUCUGCACCAAGCCAUGGAGCUCUUACCCCUCCUCCUUCAGACAGUAGAGAGGGCAGCUGUGCAGAACUCCCAGCAGGCACUGGUAUCAGAAGGUGUGGCUGCUGCCGUGCUGCUGUGUCGGUUGUCCCUGCUGGACACGCAAACAGAUGCAAAGAUGACCACCUUCUGGAACCUCAUACUAGAUGAGAAGAAGUUGCUGUUCACCACAGAGAAGUUCCUCUCUCAGGCCAACGAAGAAUCACUGUUAACGGUGCUGCAGUUGUGUGAGAGACUAUUCCUGGACCAUGCCCACAGACUCAGCAACAGCAAGUCCCAGAUGUACCACCAUGCAACGGUCACUGUGCUGCUGGCCCGCAGCUGGCGUGUGCGGAAACGGGCACAGCAGACUGUGAGGAAGCUGCUUUCCUCUCUUGGUGGCUCCAAUCUGGCACAUGGACUUCUGGAAGAAUUGAAAACUGUUGCCAAUAUGCACAAGGUGCUGUCCCAUGAUGUGCUGCUUUCUGAAACUGGGGAGCUCUCCGAAAUAGGUCGGUCGUACACCCCCCCACGUGUCCUGCAGGAGGCACUGUGCACCAUCUGUUCUGUGGCAGCAUUGCAAAAUGACCCCACUGAGGCUGAGCGCCUGGCUAUUGAAAUCCUUGUGAUUGCACACCAUCCCUCCAUAGAGGCUGCUCGGCCGGGGCUGUGGCCUGUGUUGCUGUCGCACAUGAACAUCAACCCCACCGAGUUCAUUGACAAACACUUGGACUCCAUUCUGCCUUGCCUUCUUGACACUGACAGCCAGGCGGCACAGAAUGCUGUGGGCUCCCUGUGCGUUCUGUCCCCCGACAAGCUGAUGCCAAGUGUGAUGGAGCGGAUCACGUACCGGCUUUCGGACCGUGCACUGCGCCAGGUUACCCGCGAGGAGUAUGCCAUCAUGCUCACCCCUGAGGGUGAACUCUAUGACAAAAGCAUCAUCCAGAGUGCCCAGCAGGAGAACACCAAGAAGGGCAACCUGAAGAGGGAGAACAAAGCGUACUCCUUCAAGGAGCAAAUCAUCGAACUGGAGCUGCAGGAGGAGAUCAAGAAGAAGAAGGGCAUCAAGGAAGAGGUGCAGCUGACCAGCAAGCAGAAGGAGAUGGUGCAGAACCAGCUGGAGAAGGAGUCUGCAAUUCGAAAGAGGCUGCAGGGGCUGCACAUGGAGCUGCAAAGCACAGCCAAACUGCUGGUGACGCUGCUAAGCCGCCGGCCCCCCCCGCUCUCCUGGUACCUGCCAGGGGUCCUGCAGGCACUGCUGCCCCUGCUGCACUCACCCCUGGCAGCACCUGUCCUGCGCCAGCAUUUUCUGAAUAUUGGUGUCUCCCUCAUACCCAAAGAGCUGCAUUACCUUGCUGUGUUGGUAGGACAGGUGACACUGCGUCUCCUGAAGCCUGAAUGCCCCCUGGAUGAGGCCUGGAUCCAGGAGGACUUGAGCGUGGCCACCCAGCGUACAGUCCAGCUGCUGCACAACCACACCGUGCCACACCGUGAAGGAAGGGCUGACACAAAGCCUCUGUCGGCGCCAGCCUUCUCCUUCUGCUUCCCUCUGCUGCAUGCUGUGCUGAGCCAGACGCCCAGCACUAGCGAGGAGGCAGAGAGCAUGCUGGUCCGCGUGCUGCAGAUCAUCCAUGAGCACGCUCAGCUCCGCUCCCACACCGACAGCCUGGACCUGCUUUUCGAUGAGUAUGGCCCUGAAAUGCUGCCACGUGUCAACAUGUUGGUGCUGCUCACCAAGGUGAUUUCCACUGGAGCCCCUCGGCUGCAGGUGCUGGCCUCUCAUUGCCUGACCUCCUUGUGUGCGAGCGCUGGGGGCGGGGAGGGCUGUGCUCUGGCUGAGCAGGAGGAAAUCGACGUUCUGCUGGAAGCGCUGCUGUCCCCGUGCUUCUCUGUGCGGGACGCUGCCCUCAGGGGGCUGCUUGAACUGGAGCUGGCGCUGCCCACAGACAGCUCAGAGGGCAGCGGGCUCAGUGUACUGCGCAGGCUCUGGGUGGCGCGCUUUGAUGUGGAGGAGGAGGGCAGGAUGUUGGCUGAUAAGCUGUGGCAGUCCCUGUGCCUGGAGCUGGUCCCGGAGCUGUGCGCCCUGCUCAUCGACGAUGUAACUCACCAUGAGGGGGCGGUCCGUGCCGCUGGGGCCGAGGCACUGUCCAAUGCCGUGAGCUGCUACCGUGAGCAGGCCCCGGCUGUCUUGGCCCGCCUCACCGAGCUCUACCACCAGAAACUCUAUAGACCACCUCCGGUUCUGGACGCUCUGGGUCGGGUCAUUUCAGAAUCUCCGCCAGACCAGUGGGAGGCCAGGUGUGGAAUCGCUCUGGCUCUCAACAAGCUUGCCCAGUACCUGGAUGAGUCGCAGGUCACUCCGCUCUUCCUGUUCUUUGUGCCGGACGCACUAAAUGACCGACACGCAGAGGUGCGCCGCUGCAUGCUAGAUGCCGCACUGUCUGGCCUCAACGCUCAUGGCAAGGACAAUGUGAGCUCCCUCCUACCCGUCUUUGAGGAAUUCCUGAAGAGUGCCCCACAGGAUGCCAGCUAUGACUCUGUGCGCCAGAGUGUGGUCAUCCUCAUGGGCUCUCUGGCCAAACACCUGGAUAAAAGUGACCCCAGGGUGAAGCCCAUCGUAGCCAAGCUCAUCACAGCUCUCUCCACACCCUCCCAGCAGGUCCAGGAGUCGGUGGCCAGCUGCCUGCCCCCACUUGUCCCAGCCAUCAAGGAGGACGCGGGGGACAUGGUGCGCAAGCUGCUGCAGCUCCUGCUGGAGAGCGACAAGUAUGCAGAGAGGAAGGGCGCAGCCUAUGGCUUGGCCGGCCUUGUCAAGGGCCUCGGUAUCCUGGCGCUCAAGCAGCAGGACAUCAUGACCACGCUCACCGACGCCAUCCAGGACAAGAAGAACUUCCGACGCAGAGAGGGUGCGCUCUUUGCCUUUGAGAUGCUCUGCAACAUGCUGGGGAAACUCUUUGAACCCUAUGUGGUCCACGUGCUACCUCACCUGCUGCUCUGUUUUGGGGACGGGAAUCAGUAUGUCAGAGAGGCAGCGGAUGACUGCGCCAAGGCCGUCAUGAGAAACCUGAGCGCCCACGGGGUGAAGCUGGUGCUGCCCUCCCUUCUGGUAGCGCUAGAGGAGGAGUCCUGGAGGACCAAAGCAGGCUCAGUGGAGUUGCUGGGUGCCAUGGCUUACUGUGCCCCCAAGCAGCUCUCCUCCUGCCUCCCCAGCAUUGUACCCAAGCUCACAGAGGUGCUCACUGACUCCCAUGUGAAGGUGCAGAAGGCUGGCCAGCAAGCGCUGCGCCAGAUCGGCUCCGUCAUUCGAAACCCCGAGAUUCUGGCCAUCACCCCCAUCCUGCUGGAUGCCCUGACUGACCCAUCCCGCAAAACGCAGCACUGCCUGCAGACUCUGCUGGACACCAAGUUCGUGCACUUCAUUGAUGCCCCCUCCCUGGCCCUCAUCAUGCCCAUCGUCCAGCGUGCCUUCCUGGAUCGCUCCACCGACACCCGCAAGAUGGCUGCUCAGAUAAUUGGCAACAUGUACUCCCUGACUGACCAGAAGGACCUGUCCCCUUAUUUGCCCAGUGUCAUCCCAGGACUCAAGGCCUCCCUCCUGGACCCUGUGCCUGAGGUGCGAACAGUGUCUGCCAAAGCGUUGGGUGCCAUGGUUAAAGGCAUGGGCGAGUCCUGCUUCGAGGACCUGCUGCCCUGGCUCAUGGAGACUCUAGCCUCUGAGCAGAGCUCUGUGGACCGCUCUGGUGCCGCCCAAGGCCUGGCGGAGGUGAUGGCUGGCCUCGGCGUGGAGAAGCUUGAGAAGUUGAUGCCCGAUGUGGUGCAGACCGCCAGCAAGGUGGACAUAGCCUCCCACGUGCGCGACGGCUACAUCAUGAUGUUUAUCUACCUGCCUCUUACCUUUGGAGAUAAAUUCACUCCCUACGUGGGGCCGAUCAUCCCCUGCAUUCUCAAGGCGCUGGCGGACGAGAAUGAGUACGUGCGUGACACGGCACUGCGGGCCGGCCAGCGCAUCAUCAGCAUGUAUGCAGAGACAGCCAUCGCCUUACUGCUUCCUGAGCUGGAGCAAGGCUUGUUCGAUGACCUGUGGAGGAUCAGGUUCAGCUCUGUUCAGCUCCUCGGGGAUCUGCUGUUCCAUAUCUCCGGGGUGACUGGGAAGAUGACCACAGAGACGGCAUCUGAGGAUGACAACUUUGGCACUGCACAGUCCAACAAGGCCAUCAUCGGAGCUCUGGGUGUGGAGAGACGGAACCGGGUCCUCUCCGGGCUCUACAUGGGGCGGUCCGACACUCAGCUCGUGGUUCGUCAGGCCUCCUUGCAUGUCUGGAAGAUUGUGGUGUCCAACACACCCCGCACCUUGCGGGAGAUCCUUCCCACCCUCUUCAGCCUGCUGCUGGGUUUCCUGGCUUCCACCUGUCCUGACAAGCGAACGAUCGCAGCGCGUACACUGGGUGACCUGGUGCGCAAGCUGGGGGAGAAGAUCCUGCCGGAGAUCAUCCCCAUCCUGGAAGAGGGGCUGCGCUCGGACAAGAGUGACGAGCGCCAGGGCGUGUGCAUUGGCCUCAGUGAGAUCAUGAAAUCCACAAGCAAGGAUGCGGUGCUGGUGUUCUCAGAGUCACUGGUGCCCACAGUACGGAAGGCACUGUGUGACCCCCUGGAGGAGGUGCGGGAGGCAGCGGCCAAGACCUUUGAGCAGCUACAUGCCACCAUCGGCCACCAGGCGCUAGACGACAUCCUGCCUGCCCUGCUGCGCCAGCUGGAUGACGAGGAGAGUGCCGAGUUUGCUCUGGACGGUCUCAAGCAGGUGAUGGCUGUGAAGAGCCGCUCAGUGCUGCCUUACCUGGUACCCAAGCUGACCGCACCACCAGUGAACACCCGAGUACUGGCCUUUCUGUCAGCUGUGGCGGGGGAUGCCCUGACCCGCCACCUGGGCGUCAUCCUGCCCGCCCUCAUGUCCUCGCUCAAGGAGAAGCUCGGCACAGAGGAGGGACAGCAGGAGUUGAGCAGCUGUCAGACCGUGAUCCUGUCAGUCGAGGAUGAGACGGGACAGCGCAUCAUCAUCGAGGACCUGCUGGAGGCCACGCGGGGUGCUGAUGCGGGCAUGCGCCAGGCCUCCGUCACCAUCCUAAAUGCUUACUUCGCCCGUACGCGCCUUGACUACAGCGCCCACACCCGUGCCCUGCUGUCUGGUCUCAUCCGCCUGCUCAAUGACUCCAACCUCGAAGUCCUGCACCAGAGCUGGGACACCAUCAACUCCAUGACCAAGAAGCUGGAUGCAGGAAGCCAGCUGGCUCUUAUCGACGACCUGCACCGGGACAUCCGCGCUGCUGGGGCUGAGGCCAAGGGGCAGCACCUGCCUGGCUUCUGCCUGCCCAAGAAGGGGGUGACCUGCAUCCUACCUGUUCUGCGGGAGGGAGUACUGACUGGCAGCCCAGAGCAAAAAGAGGAAGCAGCUAAAGCACUGGGUGUGGUCAUCAAGCUGACUUCACCUGAAGCCUUGAAGCCUUCAGUGGUGAACAUCACUGGCCCCCUCAUCCGUAUUCUAGGAGACCGCUUCUCUUGGACAGUUAAAACGGCUCUGCUGGAGACACUCACUCUUCUGCUCGCGAAAGUGGGUAUUGCCCUGAAGCCCUUCCUGCCCCAGCUGCAGACCACCUUUCUGAAGGCGCUGCAGGACUCGAGCCGAGCAGUGCGGCUGCGGGCAGCUGAGGCCCUCGGCCAGCUGGUCACCAUCCACAGCAAGGUGGACCCGCUCUUCAGCGAGCAGCUCUCUGCCAUUCGCAAUGCAGAGGACUCAGGCAUCAGAGAGACUAUGCUGCAGGCUUUACGGUUUGUCAUCCAGGGUGCUGGGUCAAAGGUCGACUCAGCCAUCCGCAAGAACAUUACCACUACCCUGCUUGGCAUGCUGGGACACGACGAGGAUGCCACUCGCAUGUCCUCAGCCGGCUGCCUCGGGGAGCUGUGUGCCUUCCUGUCGGAGGACGAGCUGAGGGGCAUCCUGACCCAGCACAUCCUGGCGGACAUGUCUGGUGUGGAUUGGAUGGUCCGCCACGGGCGAAGUGUGGCGCUUGCCAUUGCCGUCAAGUCGGCCCCUGAACAGCUCUGGGCGGAGGAGUACAGGACGGCCGUGUUGGACGCCAUCCUGGCCAGCGCCACAGCAGACAGGAUCCCCGUCGCCACCAGUGGAAUCCGAGCAAUGGGCUUCCUGAUGAAACACCACAUCGUUACAGAAGGAGGGGCUGGCGUGUCCCCACGAAUCGUCACUCAGUUCAUCAAGUGUCUGCAGAACCAGUCGAGCGACAUCCGGCUGGUGGCGGAACGCAUGCUCUGGUGGGUUUGCAGGGACCCCAGCACACCCGCCCUGGAGUCCAGCAUAAUCAAACCCUUGCUGAAGAGCUUGCUAGAUAACACCAAGGACAAGAACACAGGCGUUCGAGCUCAGAGCGAGCACACCAUUGUGAGCCUGCUGCGCCUGCGGCAGGGAGAGCAGCUCAUGCAGAGUGUCAGCGCCACACUGGACUCUGCCAGCAAUGAGCUGCUGGCUGAAUGCAGCCGCCGCUCCCUGAAGAAGAUCGCCGGCCUGCCAGACUCAAAUGAGGAGAUUGACGACACCAUCCUGACGUGACAGCGGCCGAGUGUGACGCACUUGCACAUACAUGCAAACUGACACACGGUUAAAGACACGCCACAUCUACUCUGCACCCUGUAAAUGAAAAUCCUCAGUGCACAGGCAAGGCCCUCUUUAGUUUCUGAUGUCCUCACUGCUCCCUGAACAGAGAGCUGGAGAAAAUAAGAUUCUUCCUCACUACUUGUAUUCGUUUUGUUUUUGGUUGCACUGCUCUCAGACAUCCCAAUCCAAGUUACAUGGGCAACCAAACCAUAUUUUGUGCCAAUUCUGUAUUUCAGGUUUGUAUGUCACCCAAAACCAAACCCCUUGUUUAAUUGAGUGCUAAUGAAGGAUGUUCCUUUAUCCAGUGAGGCCUCCUGCUAAAGUUGGGAUGCUUCCUCUCUGCUUUGCCUGGUUAUCUCGUCUUACGUGUGUAUGUGCGUGCGCACGCAAGACAAGUUUGCCCUGGAGCUGAAGAAUCCAUGAUAAUUUAUGUUUGGAUGUUAACAUAAUCUACCCCUUGGAGAUUAUUGUACAAAGAAAAAUGCAAAUGUGAGGCAUCAUUUAAUAAAUGAUUUCAUGUGUUAA